AAUAUAUAAAAUUCAUUCAUUCAUAUUUUUAAUAUUAAUUUUUUUUGCAUUGUAGUAUGACAUAUUAUGAAAACAAUCAAGUUAACGUUCUUAGAAAUCAAUCUUCUCCCUGCGCUCAUCAAAAGUUUCACAUUUUUCUUUUAGGAACCGAAUUGCACAAUGACACCAAGCUACUUAGAACUAUAAAGAAUCUCGGUUUGUCGGUAGGCCUUCUCGAUACCCAAGACUUUGGCGACAAUGUUUUGGUAGGCCUGGUCAAAAAUACUGGUGAUGGAAGAGGAAUAGGUGGAGGGGUGCCAAACUAUAAUACACCUAUGGGUAAACGCUUUCCGCCCUCAGCCUUUGAUGCCUUAGCUCAAAAAAGAGCCAUCCCUGCUUUCAACGACCAACAACUGGGCCCGCUCAAUCCUAAUUUUCUCCUUGGCGAUCAUAAAAGCACUGGAGACAAUAUUGGCGUACUGAUGGAAACUUCCCAUAAUAACAUAAAUCUCAAACAAGUUGAUAUGAGCCCCGCAAGCUUGAGUAAUUAUGAUAUCGCGAAUAAUAAAUCCAUUGGUUCGGGGAAAUCAUCUCUCAAAGGUUUCCGACGAUUUUCCACUUCCAGACUACCCCCAGUCUUCCAACACUUCCUCGCUAAUCCUAAUUCGAACCUUAAUCCAACUAAUAAUAUUAAUCUAUCUAAUGAUUACAAUUUUAAUAACUUGAGAGCUAGCAGUCUCGAUUAUUCCUUGCCUCGCUCUAAAACGGUCGAAGAAGAAAUGUCCGAGAAUUUAUUAGGGAAGCGUUUAUGCGAUGAAAAUCUUAACGAUGUUAAGCAUAUAAGAGAUAUAAGCCAUAUGGACGAUCAAGUAGGCAUCACGAAUGAUAUUGCCUUACAAGGUUUUUAUUCCUCCAUAUCCAACGUUGACAUUAAGGCCUUACGUACAUCCGGUCAAGAACAUACCCGUAUCCCUAUAUUUCCCCACUGCACCUCAACCUCAACGAAUGCUAUCUCGGAUCAUCUAAAAGUCGGAUAUAAUUAUAAUAAAAAUUCGCAAAAUUUAGCCGAAGAUAACAACACCGUUUGCCGCUCAUACGAUUUCGAUAGAAACAACCCCUUCUACGUUGUACCUGAUUUUUGCGGAAAUUUUUUCGAUAAACUUUUGAGGGAAAAAUUUGGUCGCAGACUUAUAGCUCCGCCUUUCAUUUACCAUGUUUCUCGGCUCUUACCUAUAACUACGGAAAUUCCUGAAGUGCGUCAUCCUAUAUUCUGCUUAUCUAUGAGGGGAUUAAAUUUAUGUUUUUCGCAAUUUACCGACACCUUAAAAUUGACAAAUUUGGUAUGCAUAUCUCAAUAUAUGGGAGCGACUGUUAGGAAAAAAUUUAAUAGUGCGAAAGUCACCCACUUAAUCGCGUUAACUGCUCAAGGAGACAAAUACAGAGCCGCAUCUAAUUUAGGCAAACCUAUCAUGAGUCAAGAUUGGAUUAUUUACUGCUGGGAAAGAAGAUUCGAUCUUGAUUUCGUUCCGACCAAAGAAGAAAUUAUUACACGUUUCAAGUUAAAACCAUUCGUGGGAUGCAAUUUGAGUUUUAUAGGAUUUUCAAACGAAGAAAAGUUACACAUGGAAGAUCAAGCCAUUGCCAAUGGAGCUAAAAUUUUGGACUGCGAAGAUCCCAAAACUACUCAUAUAGUAGUAGACGAACAAAACGUAAAGACCGAAAAUUUAAACAUAAACGCUUGCGAUAGAAACAAUUUGCUUAUCGUCAAGGCGGAGUGGUUCUGGGUCAGUAUUCAGCUGGAUUUUUGCGCCGAUGAAAAAUUAUACUACUUUUUGACCCAAAAUCAAGAUAAAUUCCUCAACGGGUCUCUAUGUAAUACUCCUUCAUCUAACUCCACUACCUCUAUCCUAAAUAGUAAUAACGGUCCUAACAAUUGUAAUAACAAUAUGCUGGAAAUCAGUACCAACAUAAGUCUCGCCAACAAGCUUCUGAGGGAAAGAUCCUACUCCACAUCCAUUCUAGAUUCUUCUGGAGACAAUUCAUUGUUAUUGCAAGGACUCGGGGCUAUCAACGAAAGCCCCGUUGUAUUAUCAUCCGAUCUCUCCUCAAUUUUAAAUUACAAUCAAUGCCAUUCGGCCCGACAAAUGACGGCCGUUGAAAUUUUGAAUACGGAAAAAAAUUAUAUCACGUGCCUGGAAUUAAUUAAAAAUGUGUACCACAAACCCUUGGAAGAAAAUAAACCGAACCUUAACACCCUUCUUUCAUUAACCCUCAAUCCAAAUAACCUCAAUAACAAUUUUUCCAAUAUGCAAGACGAUAUAUCUGACCACUCUAUUCAUUACAAUUCAGGCAAUCCGAGUUCCGUGGUUAGCGCAAGUAAACCCUUGCUCGAUCCCACAGAGAUAAAAGCCAUUUUCGGAAAUUUACCGCCCAUCUACGAAGUGCACAAGAGAAUGCUCGUAGAUUUAUCCAGGUUGCUCAGAAAUUAUACGGAAGAAAGUUGUAUAGGCAACGUUAUAUUAGCACACGUUGACGGAAUGAUCAAAGCAUACCCACCUUUCAUUAAUUUUUUCCACGACAGUAAAAACACGCUCAAAUUUUGCGAUCAAACUAAGCCCAAGUUUCACGCCUUCCUGAAAAUAUGUCAGAAUAAAGUCGAAUGUGGUAGACAAAGCCUCGAAGAUCUAUUAAUUCGACCCGUACAAAGAUUACCUAGCCUAAUUUUGUUGUUAUCAGAUUUAUUGAAACACACCCCUCAACAUAGCGAUGAUAGGGUUGCUUUGGACGAAGCUAUCAAUGCUGUUAAGAACGUUUUAGACCAGAUCAACGAAGGAAAACGUAAAACAGAAACCCAACUCCAUAUGUUUGAAAUUGUCAACGAUAUAGAAAAUUGUCCUCCUAACCUGUUAUCUUCCCAAAGAACAUUUAUAUUCAAAGCCUUCGUGCAGGGUUUAACUAAUGAGCCAUCGGUUAAGGGCCGACAUUUAGCCAUAUUCUUAUUUAAUGAUUGCCUGGAGAUAUGCAAGCGCAGAAACGCUCCAAUAUCUCUCAACAAACUUACAAAUCUUAAUUUCCUCACUUCUUCAUCCCUCAAUCACCCUUCAGCUGCUACUAAUUUGAACAAUAGCCAUUACCCGGUAUCAAAAUCUAACCCCAACAUGUUAACUUCCAACGUUUCAAAAAAUAUAUUGAAUCCCUCUAAUUUGAAUGAUCCUACAGCUAUUAAACAUAACCCUCUCCCCUUACCGUUCAAUUCAUGUAGUAAUAAUCAAUGUGCAGAUUCAGGGAUCAAAAUGGAUAUUCAAAGCAAAACAAAUCAAUUUAUAUCCAUUCCUAACAAUAUAAAUGAUACAAACCGGUCCAAUAAAAUCACCAAAAUUACCAGCACUUUAAGUAACGCUAGUAGCUUAACAAGCAGCCUGGGCCCCGUUGCUAAAAGCGGUGUUAAAAAUUACAAGCAUGUGGAACUUCUUCAUUUAUCGCACGUUAAAAUCAUAGGGGAUAUUGUUGACAAUGAAGAAUUUAUGAACUCCUUUGCCAUAAUAUGUAGUCACAAUUCGAAUCAAUAUACCCGGGAAGGUAGGUUACUGCUAUUUUCGGUCGAAGACGAGGAACCUCUCAAAAAACCUUACAUUCUCGAGGCCUUGCACAAAAACACCGUCAAUACUUUAUGUCUCUCCGAUGGGAGGUCCAUAUUACACCCAAUUCAUCCAGAUCAAAUCAACAUAUCGAGUCCUAUCGCAGGAACAAACGUUAAUGGAACCAUAUCAAAAGCUUUCAGAAACGCUAAAAAGCUACUGAGUCGCAAAAUGAGUCGCGCAUUCAGCUUCAAUAAAAGCACCCCAUUCAAGCUCAAACGAACCGUCUCCACUAUAUCUACCUUGGCCACCAGUCCUGCUCUUUGCUCAAAUUUAGACUCCGAAAAUAAUUGCGAAACCUUUGAUCCAAUUCCAUUUAAUCAUCAUAAACAAGAACAGACCUGCAAUGAGUUAUUGGUUUCUAACUCCAUCAUUAAUAACGGUUAUUGUGCUCCCAUGUAUCACCACCAAGAUAUCAAAAUUCGAUCCAAAACAAACUUGAUAUCUAUGUCUCCAUCUUUUCCCUUACCAAACCUUAUGCACAUGCAACAUCCUAGCUUUUCCAUCGAUACACAACAUUUUAGAAACGAGGACGAUGAAAUCAUUCGAAAGAAAAAUGGCAACUCAUCCAACAAGUUGACACCUCGGUAUCUAAGCCUAGUUCCUUCUCGCAAUUUUUCAUUCGCUUCCCUAACCGCCACUCCUUUUAAGCAAUCUCAUCCAAAAUCCGACGACCAGAUGAUCGAAAAAAUUGUUAAAAAUUAUCAUAAGAUAGAUACGGCGUUUGAUUGUGACAGAGAUGUAACAUUGAUACAUAAACUAUGAAUAUUGAUAUGAAGACCGAGAAAAAUGAUUGCAAAACAAUUAUGAAAGAUAUUUAAAAAAAUUAACUUUCAUGAAUUGUGAAACUUUAAAAAAAAAUUUCGGUAAAGCCUCAAAAAAGUCAUGACCAUGUCUAUUGUGACUAUUAAAAUUUAUAAUGCAAAAAUCAAUUAUAGCCCGAGGCGAUAUUAUUUUAAAUUAAAUCAGGGCAUCCUUUGAACGCGCUAAUUUAUAAAUAACCAAGCAUUUUAAAAAAAUUUUUAGCGUAAAUUUGAUAAAAAUUAACUUAUUCUCGAAGAAACUAAAUUGCCUCCCCCUUCCAUAUUUUUUCAAAACAAAUUUAGUAAACGCGAUCAGUAUCAUUCAAAAAAUCUAUAAAAUUAUAGAAUUAUUUUUAAUUUCCUAGACCCGAAUAUGCUAAAAUCUCUUACAAAAUUGGCAUUUUUUUGAGUCAGCCCCCUCCCUUCCCUCCCAAUAUUUAUUAAUAUAAAAAAUAUAAAUUUGAAUCAAAGUAAAGCAUAAUGACUAAUAAGAAUAACUAAUUUAUUUCGUUUAUAUUUUAUAAGUCUUCUUCUUUUUUUAAAAAAAUUUAAAAAUUAUUAUUCAACUAAUUUUUAUGAAUGAAUAACAACUGAUUUGUUUUUAAAUAUAUUCGUAAUAUUUACAAAUAAUAUUAUUUUAAGGCACUUAGAAAAUAUAAUAAAUAAGCAUUAUAUUGCUUCUCCCUUUAAAAAAACAUUCAAUUUUUAUAAAAAAAUAAUAAUAUUUAGAGAGGGAAGGUUUUUCUAAAUCGUGACCUCCUUGAUGUCACCUUUUUUAUAUCAUAAUUAUUUUAAUCGCAAAUUUAUUAUUCCACAAGCAUCCAAAUCAACGAGUCAUUUAUUUCAAUUAAUUGUGAUAUUCAUUUUUUUUUUAAACCAAUUAUUUGAUUAAAACUUAUAUUUACAUAUUCUUUGUUUGUUUUGACUAUUUAAAACUGUAAAUUCUCAAAAUCAUAUCAUUUAAAAUUAAUAUUUUACAAACCUUAUAUUUUAGAUAAAAUUUAUAAUUUUAAAUCUUAUAAGAUUUUUACGAUUGAUUUUUCAUAUUAUAUAUUUCAAACAUUUUUAACAAAAAUAAAUAAAAUAUGGCCAUGACUACAGAUAGCACCCAAAAAAUUUUUCUUUAAAACAGAAUAUAUAUAUAUAUACACACAACUAAAUUAAAAUUUUAACUUGAUAUUAGCGCCAUCUAGACUACUAAAAUAAUUAGGAGAAUUUUUGGAACUGUUCUGUAGUCAGACCAAAGAAAAAUACUGAGUUCGCAUAAGGGUAACACUUAAUUAUACAUUAAUCCGUUUACAAAAUUUUGAUAAUUUAUUUAUAUUUAUAUCAACAUUUAUUAUAUUCUCCUUUUUUAUUACCUUAUAAAAAUAAAUUUUUAAAUUAACCCACAUAAUAUUACGACAC